AUGGGCCGCAGGAGAAGCGCCAGCCGCGUGAAGCCCCGCUCUGGGGCCCCCAGCAGCAGCAGCGCAGCAGAGGCGGCCGCAGGCUGCGGGUCAGAGAUCCCUGCUGCAGCAGCAGAGCAGGCGUUGGCGGGGAAGCGACAGCAGCCACGCUGGAUUCGUUUUCUCGCGCGAAGGCUGCGGUGUAUAUACGUCAAAGAAGAACGAUUGACUGCAGACUGGUGUCAGGCUGCUGCACAACGGCCGGGCCAUGGCGGCCGCCGCCGCCGCCUUCGCCUGCAGCGCCGCAGACGGGGGGGGCCCCCACAGGAGCCCCUCGACAGCAGCGGGAAGCAGCAGCAACACCACCAGCACGGCAGGCGGGAGGAAGGGGUCCCUAUGGGCAUUUUUAUUGCAGAGGAUGCGGAGCUCCAAGCCACAAGAGCAGCUGCAGCAGCAGCUGCAGCAGCUGCAGCAGCUGCAGCAGCAGCAGCAGCAGCAGCAGCAACGGCACCAGCUGCAGAGAUGAGCCAGGGAAGCGCCGGGAAAACCGCCGGCGACCAGACGCUCUUCGCUAGCAGCAAGAGCAACAGCUGCGGCUGCAUGCAGUCGAUACCUGCAGACACUGCAGCAGCCCUUGUGCAUGCAACAGACCGACUGGAAAGCAGCAGCAACAACAGCAGCGCGAAUAGGGUGGAGAUGCCGCUGCCGUCGCCUGCAGGAGGCGUUCUCAGUGCCGGUGUCUGUACAGUUCAACCCGAGGCAGCUGAGGGCCUCGACGCCGGCGGAGAUAAACCAGAAACAAACUUGGGCUUAGCGGUGGUGGGCCCGGCCACAGACCCUGAAACAGACGCUGCAGCAGCAGUGUCAACGGUGGCAGCAGAGACCGCUGCUGCAACAGAAGGAGCAGCAGCAUCAGCAGCAGCUGCUGCUGCUGCUGCAUCUCCUUCGCCUCCUAUUUCUACAGGGAGCAGCGGGGGCGUGCCUGUGGGUCUGUGGCCGUUGAUGUCAGUGGAGGGUUUGGGGUCUGAGGACUCGAGCUGUUUGUUUGCGCGGCUUGAGGAGCAGCGGCUUCGGUUCAACACACUGCAGCGGCAGGCAGCAGCAGCAGCAGCAGGCGAGGCAUUCAGCUGGGACAGGAGACAAGAGGCGCAGCAGCUGUCGGCGCUGCUGGUGAACGCAGCCGUGCGGUCUAUGCUGGGGCCAGCGAGCCACAUGCCCUGCGUCCACGCACACGACGGCAUUCAGGUCUGGAGAGGAGAGUCAGGUGUAGGCAACUUGGCUUGCAGAGCUCGCUUUCUGCUGCCAGUGGAGCCGCGGCGCUACGCUAUGUUUGCAAGUAAUUCUGAGCUGCGUCUGUCGUGGGACAAGAGCGUGACGGAGCAGCACGUGGUGGAGCAUUUGGAUGCGGGCCACGACAUCUGCUACGUGGCGUUCAGGCGGGUGGCUACGGUGUAUCCGCGGGAUGUAGUGACACUGCGAGUCAAAUGCAGGCUGAACAUGCGGCCAGGGGUUGUAGGAACGGGCUCGGCUGCUGCUGACGGCCAAGCGGAGCCGGGUGCAGGCGCCGGCGUCCUCAGCACCACUACCAGCGGCGGCGAUGAACCCACGGAUGCAGAGGCCACCGCAUACGGAUCCAUGAGCUGCUCCAUUCACCACCCAGAUGUACCCGAGGCGUACGCUGCGUGCACAGACUCGUUGCUUGAUAGGGUGCCGGGUCGAGUUCGUAUGGAUAUCCGCAUAAACGCGUAUCUUGCAAAGCCAGUCUGCACGCCCUUUGGCUUGUGGAGUGAGGUUACCCUUUUCAACGAAUCUGACCCGGGCGGCUGGAUACCAGCAGCAAUAACGAGGACGAUCUCAGCUAAGCUGCUUCCUCUGACGGUGGAGAGAUUCUCAGCUCAAAUAUUAAAGCAUUACGACAUGACGUGGACCGGAUCAGCCACGGGCUUUGCCGCUCGCAAGCUGAAAACGAGCAAACUUGUGCUCACUUAG